CGCUCUGCCAUUUCCCUGUUUCCGGCCGGCUCCUAGCGAAAGAGGAGGCGGACUGAGGGCAGCCUCUUCCUCCUCCUCCGCCCCGGCGUCAUGGCGGUCCCGAUGGAGACGCAGCUGCAGAGCAUCUUUGAGGAGGUGGUGAAAACAGAGGUCAUAGAGGAAGCCUUUCCUGGCAUGUUUAUGGACACUCCUGAAGAUGAGAGAACCAAAUUGAUCAGUUGUUUGGGAGCCUUUAGACAGUUCUGGAGCAAUCUUUCUCAGGAAUCUCAUGAACAAUGUGUUCAGUGGAUUGUAAGGUUCAUACAUAGCCAGCAUAGUCCUAAAAGAAUUUCCUUUCUGUAUGACUGUUUAGCAAUGGCUGUGGAGACUGGGCUACUUCCACCAAGGAUGGUUUGUGAAUCUCUGCUAAAUUCUGACAACCUAGAGUGGGAAAGGACACAGCUUUGGUCUCUAACAUUUAAGCUUGUCCAAAAAAUAAUCGGUGGUGUAGACUACAAGGGUGUGCGAGAUCUUUUGAAGGGUAUCCUAGAAAAAAUCCUAACUAUUCCCAACACAGUGAGCUCUGCUGUUGUGCAGCAACUGUUAGCAGCAAGAGAGGUAGUUGCCUACAUUUUGGAAAGGAAUGCAUGCUUAUUACCUGCCUACUUUGCGGUCACAGAGAUCCGAAAGUUGUAUCCCGAAGGAAAACUUCCACAUUGGUUGUUAGGCAACCUAGUAUCGGACUUCGUGGAUUCCUUCAGACCUACAGCGAGAAUAAAUUCCAUCUGUGGGCGAUGUAGCCUCCUUCCUGUGGUAAAUAACUCUGGUGCUAUUUGCAAUUCAUGGAAGCUGGAUCCUACAACUCUUCGUUUCCCACUGAAAGGCCUUUUGCCAUAUGAUAAGGAUCUGUUUGAGCCCCAGACUGCUUUGUUGCGGUAUGUGCUGGAGCAGCCCUAUUCCAGAGAUAUGGUCUGCAAUAUGCUAGGUCUAAACAAGCAGCACAAACAACGAUGCCCUGUGCUGGAGGACCAGCUGGUGGAUCUUGUGGUCUACGCCAUGGAGCGGUCAGAGACAGAGGAGAAAUUUGAUGACGGGGGAACCAGCCAAUUGUUGUGGCAGCACCUUUCCAGCCAGCUUAUCUUCUUCGUACUUUUCCAGUUUGCAAGCUUCCCUCACAUGGUCCUGUCUCUCCAUCAAAAGUUAGCAGGACGAGGCCUAAUCAAAGGCAGAGAUCAUCUGAUGUGGGUAUUAUUACAGUUCAUCUCUGGAAGCAUUCAGAAAAAUGCAUUAGCGGACUUCCUCCCUGUUAUGAAGCUUUUUGACCUCCUCUACCCAGAGAAGGAAUGUAUUCCUGUACCUGAUAUCAACAAGCCCCAAUCAACACACGCUUUUGCAAUGACCUGUAUCUGGAUACAUCUGAACAGGAAGGCUCACAGUGACAAUUCUAAGCUACAAAUUCCAAUUCCUCAUUCUCUCAAGCUUCACCAUGAGUUCUUGCAACAGAGUCUAAGAAAUAAAAGUUUGCAGAUGAAUGACUACAAGAUUGCCCUGUUGUGCAAUGCUUAUUCCACUAAUUCAGAAUGUUUCACGUUGCCUAUGGGUGUUCUAGUGGAAACUAUUUACGGAAAUGGCAACAUGAGAAUACCUCUUCCAGGAACCAAUUGUAUGGCGUCAGGAUCCAUCACACCUUUGCCAAUGAACCUCUUGGAUUCACUAACAGUUCACGCCAAGAUGAGCCUCAUUCACAGCAUAGCUACCAGAGUGAUCAAACUGGCCCAUGCAAAAUCUAGCUUAGCCUUGGCUCCAGCCCUUGUGGAAACAUAUAGUCGCUUGCUGGUUUAUAUGGAAAUAGAAUCCUUGGGCAUCAAAGGUUUUAUAAGCCAACUGCUACCCACUGUUUUUAAGUCUCACGCUUGGGGAAUCUUGCAUACUCUCCUGGAGAUGUUCAGCUAUCGCAUGCACCAUAUCCAACCUCAUUACAGAGUCCAGCUGCUUAGUAACCUUCAUUCCUUAGCCGCUGUGGCCCAGACUAAUCAGAACCAGCUUCAUCUAUGUGUUGAAAGCACUGCUCUACGGCUGAUUACUGCUUUGGGUAGCUCUGAGGUCCAGCCACAAUUCACCCGCUUCCUUAAUGAGCCCAAAACAGUCCUUUCAGCAGAAUCAGAGGAACUUAACAGAGCACUUAUUUUGACUCUAGCAAGAGCAACGCAUGUCACAGAUUUUUUCACAGGGUCGGAUUCCAUUCAGGGCACUUGGUGCAAGGAUAUAUUGCAGACCAUAAUGAGCUUUACACCCCAUAACUGGGCUUCACACACCUUGAGCUGUUUUCCAGCUCCACUUCAGGCAUUCUUCAAACAAAACAAUGUACCUCAAGAGAGCCGCUUUAACCUGAAGAAAAACGUGGAAGAGGAGUACCGAAAAUGGAAGUCCAUGAUCAAUGAGAAUGACAUCAUCACCCACUUCUCCAUGCAGGGCUCCCCACCCCUCUUCCUUUGCCUCCUCUGGAAGAUGCUUCUGGAGACUGAUCACAUUAACCAAAUUGGUUACAGGGUCUUGGAAAGAAUUGGAGCCAGAGCUCUGGUGGCUCAUGUAAGGACAUUUGCAGAUUUCUUGGUCUAUGAAUUUUCCACAUCAGCUGGAGGCCAGCAGCUCAAUAAGUGUAUUGAGAUUCUCAAUGACAUGGUGUGGAAAUACAACAUUGUGACACUGGACCGGUUGAUUUUAUGUUUGGCAAUGCGCAGUCAUGAGGGCAACGAAGCCCAAGUGUGCUACUUCAUCAUUCAGUUGCUCUUACUUAAACCUAAUGAUUUCCGAAACCGAGUAAGUGAAUUUGUGAAAGACAACUCCCCAGAGCAUUGGCUGCAGAAUGACUGGCAUACAAAACACAUGUCCUAUCACAAGAGGUAUCCUGAAAAGUUAUAUUUUGAAGGGUUAGCAGAGCAAGUCAACCCUCCAGUACAAAUCCAGCCCCAGUACUUGCCGAUAUACUUUGGAAAUGUGUGUCUCCGUUUCCUGCCAGUAUUUGACAUUGUGAUUCACAGAUUUCUGGAACUCCUUCCGGUGUCCAAAUCACUGGAGACUUUACUCGAUCAUCUAGGAGGCUUAUACAAAUUUCACGAUCGUCCAGUGACCUACCUGUACAACACUCUUCACUACUAUGAGGGGCACCUCCGGGAGAGGAUGAACCUCAAACGAAAGCUCGUCCAUGCCAUCAUCGGCUCCCUUAAAGACAAUCGGCCACAAGGGUGGUGCUUAAGUGAUACUUACCUCAAAUGUGGUAUGAAUGCACGAGAAGAUAACCUGUGGAUUCCUGAAGAUAUUUAUUAUUGCAAAUUGAUUGCGAGACUGGUUGAUACGAUGGCUGGCAAAUCAUCUAGCCCAUUCCCAAACUGUGACUGGAGGUUCAAUGAAUUUCCCAACCCAGCUGCCCACGCUCUCCAUGUUACCUGUGUCGAACUCAUGGCAUUGACUGUACCAGGAAAGGAUGUGGGCAAUGCCCUCCUCAAUGUUGUGCUGAAAAGUCAGCCUUUAGUGCCCAGAGACAAUAUCACAGCUUGGAUGAACGCCAUUGGACUCAUUAUCACUGCGUUACCUGAGCCCUACUGGAUUGUCCUUCACGAGAGGAUUGUGAGUGUUAUCAACAGUCCUAGCUUGACUUCGGAGACCGAAUGGGUUGGUUACCCAUUCCAGCUGUUUGACUUCACAGCUUGCCACCAGUCUUACUCCGAGAUGUGCUGUAGCUACACUCUGGCAUUGGCACAUGCAGUCUGGCACCAUUCAAGCAUUGGCCAACUUUCCCUCAUUCCAAAGUUUCUCACUGAAGUAUUGAUACCAGUAGUAAAGACUGAAUUUCAGUUACUCUACGUGUAUCACCUGGUUGGUCCAUUCCUACAGCGGUUCCAGCAGGAGAGGACAAGAUGCAUGCUAGAGAUUGGAGUAGCUUUUUAUGAAAUGCUUCUGGAGGUGGACCAAUGCAACACACAUCUCAACUACAUGGAUCCGAUAUGUGAUUUCCUGUAUCAUGUGAAGUACAUGUUUACUGGAGACAGUGUAAAAGACCAAGUUGAAAAGAUUAUUUGUAACCUGAGGCCUGCUUUGAAGCUUCGCCUGCGCUUCAUACAUAUCAGCAAGAUGGAGUCGGCAACUGUUCCUCAGCAACCCAUAAGCAAUGUGUCUCCAGCACCUCAGCCUAGCCAGGUCCCCGUGAAUGUGGCCUUGCCAGUGACACAGUAGAGGGAGGCACUAAACUACUGUCUCUGCCAAGGACAUCCAACAUGGGCCCAGAUGAAGCAGCACCCAGCAUGAAUUUCAUUUGAGAAGAGCUGGGUGCAGGAAAGUUCCCAUUACAUCCUUCCUUUUAAUGCAUCCGAGGACCUACAUAUUCUAUAUAUGCUGCUGCUGCCCUUUUCCAAAUCAAAGGAACUCCUUCGGUUCAGCAAACAAUGUGGCUCUACAAGUACCCAGCUGCUUUAAACAACAACUCUGCCCAUUGUUGGCCUUGUUUUCUUUACUCGCGUCUCAUUUUUCUUGCCAGUGGUUAACUUCUGUUUUUGGUAGCAUAGAUAUGUUUACAUUGGCAACAGUUAACAUUUUGUGCUUUUUCCAGCUUUGGAAAAUGAUGGCGCUUGGGUGAACAUAAAGGGUGAACAUUUAAGGAAGAAUAAGCUAAGCUUACGCCGCUGAGAUCCUUUUGGCUUGAAGCCAAGUCUAUUAAACCUACUAGCUGGAUUUUCUAUGAAAACUAGUUGGAAGUAUUGGUGCAAAAGGCAGACACAAACAACUUCUGACCAUGGUGCCAGAAUUUGCUGGUGCUGUCUUACUUUGCCAGCAGUCCUGCUGCAGUCAGGCUUAAAACACUGUCUAUCCAAAUCACGAAUGAGCAGGCCUCCAAGAUUACAACCAAUAUAUUUAUGUGAAGUGGUGGUGGUUUUAAUCAGCCACCUGUGUUUUGAAUUUGUGUAAUAACUACAUUUUAUUUUGGACUUGUACUAUACUACUUUUGUUCAAGUUUUAUUUUUGCGUAGGGAGGUUGGUGGGGUAGAAAGAUUUUUAACCAGAUAAUGUUUCAACUGCUCGGGAAGAUGUUAAGAUUUGUAAAAUACUGCUCUUAUUUCAUAACAGUGAAAAAAGUGUUUAAUAAAAAUAGUUUUUAUAACUACUGACCUAUUUUUGCUUGUACUAAUUUUACACUGUAGCUUCACCAGUGCUGUAAGACUGGGAAUUGGAAGGUUGUCCCUGUUUCUAAACUUUAAGCUCCCUGUGGAAAAUAACGCGUGUUCCUUGUUUCAGAACAGUAAAGUUACUUCUUUAAUUGGACAUUGGAACAAAAGGGGAAAGUGACGGGUGAGUUUAAACCUGCUCACAAAUAUUUCCACCCAGAUUGGGGUUCAGGUGAGCAGCUGGGAGGAUUUAGGAUCCACUAGAUCACAUCUGCUUCCCGGAACAUUCCCUGUUUGGCUCUUUCAUCAUUGAAACUCUGGCCCCAGUUGGGCCAGGGUGUUGAACGAACAAAACUGCAAAAAAAAAUCCCUUUGGGGGCUCUGAGUCCUUGUCUGAUCCUGUGCUGUGGUCCCCCGCUGUGAAAACAUUACAGCAAAGCCAGCUCUGACUCUUCAAUUUGUUCCAAACAGUUCUGAUAUAUAUGCAGUUAAGGCUAUUACCAAUAAGCACCGAGCUGAUAAAUAAAUAGGAUUUUCUUUUGCUGUUAAACUUCUUAGACUUCCAGCUGCUGCAGAAAUUUGGCAAUUGGGCUGCUGCAGGAAGGGGUCACUCGGUACACUUCCCUUUGAAGUCUAUCGUAGGCUGACAUUUAGGUGGUAAAACUUCAAAAGCAAAACUAGUUCUUUUCUAGGCAGAAGCCAUGCUUUCACACUGCUUUACUGGCUUAAUAUCUAAUUUAAAAGCCAAAAAUUACUGCAUCGUUUUUUCAGCCCCUCUAACUCUGAAGCACAAGAGGCAAGGGAUAUCUAAGAGGCAGAUUAUUGAGGAAUUUCUCCCAAUAAGCCCUUUUCCUGCAAUAGCCGGAUCCUCCUGUCCUUUCUAACAGUUGUAUGACACCUCCAGACUGACUGCCAUUUUUUUGUGGGAAUGGAAUGCAAGCACAUACUGGAACUUUAGGUUUGCACAGUUAAAGGGGCUUGUCGGGCUAAUGCAAGAAAUUGUUUUGAGUUUGGGGAGGGGGAUCAGACUUUUUGCAGUUAGGAAAGUGAUUGGUAAAUAUCUGAAAUGUCAGAUGGAACAAAACAUUAACAUGCAGACGUGUAAACACACUGUAAGCAAAUCAGGAUGUAUGUUGGACGAAUGCCCAUUGUUACCAUCUUGCAAGGAAAUCAGAAUGAAUGCUCAAUAAAGAACGGCUAUAAUCGUUGCAAGCCUAAUUGGCUUGCAAAAAACAACUUUAGUUUUUUGCAAGCCAAUUAGGAUGAAUGCACGAUAAACGGGUCAUUCAGAAGGAUUCAUUCUGAAGACAAAGGUUGGCAUUGUAUAUAAUCUAAAACUACAACAACUGUUGCCAAAAUGCAAUUUGAAGUCAUUUUCAAGACUGCAAAGGUAUCAUUUCCAGUCUCAUCCUAAAGUAGCGCUGAGGAAACUAGGUCCUACAGAGCGUCCUGGAAUAUAAACUCCCAUCAUUCCUGACCACUGGCCAGGGCUAUUGGGAGUUGUAGCCCCACAAUAACUAGGAAGGCCACAGGCUCCCCAACCCUGUUCUUAAGUGUUUGGGGGACCACAGGCAUUAUUUGCUGAUUUAGCUAAUCCGACCUGCGCUCUGUUUCUUUUGGGCUCCAGCCAUGCCCAUUAUUCCUUACAGGCAACAAUGGGUUAGAUCCAAACUUGUGCCUACUGGACUACCAGUCUAG